AUGAGUGUCCAAUGGCGUUUCUUCGAAUCGCUGUACGACGUCUUGGCCGUCGGGCGUCGGACGCUCGGCUGGUUGGACACUGUGGACGCAGCGGCGGGAUCGCCAAGGACGACGAGCAGCCUCGGUCGACUGUGGGGAACGCGGGGAAACCUGGGGAAUUUGUAUUUAUCCGCCCGCCCAAGAUCUUCCCAGAUCUCCCUCCGUCCCCGACGCGCACCUCCUCCUCCUCCUCCCUCGUUGCCCGACGGGUGCUGCAAGACUGGACCCGUUCACGUCGGAGGCUGCACACUCGCCUUCUCUGCCCUUCCGCUCCACCUCAUCGACCACCCGUGGCUCGAUCGUACGCGUCCCACAGCACAUAAUUACUUGACGAUCCUUGCAAUCUUCCCUUCUCCCGUCCCACUGUUCCUUGAGCGAGAACGUUCGACGACGAACGUUGAACGCAAAGUUUUUGCGACGACAGGUACAGCCCCGAAGCUUCCUCUUCUCUUCUUUUCCCAGCCACACUCGCUCCGCACCAGUCGCCAACUCGCCCGCCUGGAGACCAUCCAACUCGAAGCCGCAGCAGACGCGACAGCGACGCCAUGGGAGCGCCCAUCACAAAAAAUGGAAAUAACCCGCCUUCCCGUCUUCGAACGCCGUGCAGAGAGGAUCAGCCCGGCGCGGCGCGCCACGACGCCUUCCUCCCAGAUCCUGUGCGCACCCGUCCUCUCGCACCGCCCCCUCGUCCCACACUGGUAA